AGUGUAACUGACGGGCAUGCGCGAAUUUUGCAUGCUUUCCGGUAAAGGACAACCUGUGUAACCUCGUAAACCUCGUGUACCACUGCAGGACAGAAAUUUUGAAAUGGCCGGUGUUAUUGCACGAUCACUUUCAAGGACGACAAGUUCACUAUUGCAAAAAUCACAUCUGACAAAGCAGUUAUCUCGGACGACAGCAAAGACCUACAGCCAACUUCACCGGUCAUCACGAUCACUCCUUGUAACCUCACGUCAACCAAAUCUCGCCAUCCACGGAAAAACGUGUAGAUGUUGUCUGCAUACACAGGAUGACCUGGAAUUUUCAAGAUUUCUGGCAGAUGAGAUUUCAGAUGAGGAGAAAACCAGGAAACCAUUGCCAGGUGUUUUGGACUGGAAAAUUACAAAAGAAAAUGCUGAGGUGAAACUGGAAAAAAAUGUAGAUAAUGAAAGUGUGACCAUUACAUUUAAUGUGAACAAUGCCACAGGCGGUGAUCGACUUAUGGAGGAGGGUGAGGGAGAAGAAGGAGAGAUCGAAACAGACCCACCUUUUAAUGUAGAAAUAAAAAAAGCAACAGGUAAAAUUAUGUACUUGGAAUGUGCAUUGAUCCCAAGCGGUGAUCAACCAAAAGGUGAAGGGGAAGAUGAAGUAGCUGAUGCCUUUGAAAUAACAUCUGUGACCAUGGAUGAAGGCAAACUAGAAGAUGGCAGCUAUACAAUGUUUUCAGAGACAAUGGAUGGGCAAGUUUAUGACAAGCUGAUGGACUUGCUUGACAACAGAGGAGUUGGGGAUGAACUGAUAACAGCCAUGAGGGAUUACUGUAAAACCUAUGAUCAUCAUCUAUAUGUGAAUCUGUUGUCUAAAAUGAAGGAAUUUGUGGAUGAAAAAUAAACGUUUUGCUACUGCACUAAACAUGUAUGGAAAGGGCAAUGAUGAAAUUUUGUUGUUGCUGGAUGACAUUUUUACAGUUUGUUCAAACACAAAUUACAUAUUAUUGUGUAUAACAUUUUUAGAACCUGGACACAUUUCUGUCGAUAUAAGUGAUGUCUUUCAUUCAGUAAAAGCUAGCAAUUUCAUAUUGACCAAUCAGAAUGGUUGAAUCUGUAGAAAAGUUAGUUAAAAUCAUAGCAAAGCUGCUGAUUUUCUGUCCAGAUGAAGCGACGAUAGAAGAAGUUGCUAAGGUACUAAGAUAUUUACAUAACUACACAAUUGAGAUAUUUAUUAUAAGCAUUAUUAGUCCAUUCAAAACUGUUUACAGCCUUGUCCGAUGUGACAUCUGAAGAAUAUGGUGCAACAGACUAUGCUUCGAGUCAUCCCUCUCUCUUCAUGCAGUAACAUUUUCAUCUUUAUGGUUUGAAAAUGUGAUAAAUAGGAAAUUUCACGGUUUUCCUGUUAAAUACCAUUUCCUUUUGUACGACAAAUUGAACUAGUAUUGUUCGAAAAAGUAUAAACAUGUAUGGUAUUCAACGAGAAUAUUAUCUUCAGUAUAUCAAGUAUUAUAAAAUGAUUUUCUAUGUAAUUAUGCAGAAUAAAAUUAGAAUGUCAUUGAACAUUUUAUUAUUAAUGAAUACUGUGAUUAUUUUCAUUGAUAAAUAUUGAAAAUGAAAAUAAAGUAGAAUUAUUUAACUAAAGAAUGUUUGUUGUAUGAUGACCUAUAAAAAUACAUGUGACCAAAAAGCCACUUAUUGGUAGUGUUAGAACUGUGAAUAUUGAUGUGUGAAACAAAAAUAAAGAUCAAAUAUCA